CCGAGUGCAAACAUUGAGAUUUAAGAAAUAAGAAGCCCAUAUGCGCAUAACCGUCGCACAUUGGCGCCUAAACCGUCGCGUUCCCUAUUGUUGAACCCGGUGCGCGUUUGUUUUCGUCGGGAAUCAAGUUCCUUGUUUUAGACGUUUUUUGUAACUUCAAACUUAAUAGUUUGUUGUCUCGCCCAUUCACCUUGUGUGAUUAUUGGCCAUGUUACUUUUAAACUAUUGAAUCUUGUGCAGCGGAUAAUUUUUUUUAAUUCGUUAUUUUUUACGGUCGGUGGUGUGACCUAACGAAGUUCAAUCACACCUCGUACCAGUCGCGUUUAGAAAUAUCAUGGAUAGCCAAAAAUCAGUUAAAACCUACUAUGGUUUUUUAUUGAUCAAAAAAGGAAAUGGCUCAGUUUGUGGUCGUUUUCCAGUAACAAAGAAAGAAUGCAUUUUAGGUCGUGAUAAUAAUUGUGAUAUAAGGAUUCUUUUAGAAAAAGUGUCAGCUCAACAAUGUAGUAUAUUAUGUAUUGAUAAUAAAGCAUAUGUUCGUGAUAAAAGUAUUGCUGGUUCAACCAAAGUAAAUGGAAAGAAAGUUGGCAGGAGUAAUUUUUUAUUGCAUAAUUCAGAUGAAAUUGAAAUUUGUGAGAGAAAAUUUGUUUGGGAAUAUCCAAAGAAGCCACAUGGAGAUUUUAAUAAUUUAUCCUGCAAAAAAUCUGGGAUAAGAAAUGAGCAUUUAUCACCCAGAGUACCCGAACGUUUUUUAAACCAAGUCAUCACACCAUUGGACAAUAAGAAAAUAUUUUCAAAUUCAUCUAAGAGCAGCAUGAAAACUCCCUCAAAAACAAUAAUGAGCUUAAAUAAAACACCUAUUGUUGUCACAACAGAAAAUAUGUCUAAAUCUUCAUUUGAUGAAGUGCAGAAUAACUUACAGAACCAAAAUUCAACUUCAACUGCUCAAUCUGGAUCUAAAUUGAUGAAAUCAUAUUCAAUGACUCCUGUUCGAAAUAUACCGCUUCUUAGAGAUUCUAAAUCCACUCAAAGAAAAUCAUGGGUUGUUACUAAUACAUCAGACAAUUUAUCUUCAAUUGGAGCUCAUAACAGAUUAUCUACUCAAAGAUUAAAGAGAGAUUCUACACCAGAAUUAAGUUCUAGUUAUCAUUAUGAAGACGAAGGCGUAGAAUUUGAUUCCCCAGAUCCACCCAGCUUUGUAUUGAAUACUGAACAUUCUAUUAAUAUAAAUACUAAUAAUGAUGUUGAUAACCAAUCAGAAUUGAAUGAAGAUAAUGAUAACUUACAAUCUAAUACUGAUAACAAGUUAACAGUUUCUGAACCUGAACCGAGCACAUCUAGAAGAGAUACUUAUUCUAUUGAUGAUAGAUCUAUAGUAAUCGAAGAAAAUACUACACCUGCUCCGAGACGUUCUAUUUUGAAAUGUUCAAAAACCACUAAACCUAAUCGAUCAAGAUCAAGCUGCCGAAUGGUUCAGUUUGCUCGUUUACCAAAAACUGAUAGUAAGAUUAAAAAUACAAAGACUCGAUUAAAUCCCGGAUUUAGUUUUACUGUUACAGAUGAUGAAAAUAAUUUGAUUGAUUUUGAUCAAAGUACUAAAAAUUCUAUGCAGUUUAAUGUUGAAGAGUAUGAUGAUGAUUUAGAUGGUGUACAGCCAUUAGAUAAUAGUGUUUCAUCUUUGAUUAAUUCACCAAUUUUAGACAAUAAUAUUAAUAAAUCGUCUAAACGAGGAUCAAGAGGUAAUAAAGUAAUGAGUCUUGUUAAUUCCAUUGAAAAACGUACCAAUGAAUCUCCUAAGCAUAGUAUUCGAGCAUCUGAUCUGUUAAGUAUGAAUGGAUCAAAACACAUAGAUAUAUCGCCUAAUAAUAAUUCUCAAAAUAAUCCAAGUAUAUUACAAGAAUCAGUUUCUUCAUCAAGGCGAAUUAAUCUAGAAGACAUUUUUGAAGCCGAAGAUUCUCUAAAAACUUCUGGUAAUAUUGAAAAUGAAAUAAUAGUUCAAGAAACUAAAAAAAGUCCAUUAAAAAGUGUUGAACUAGUGUCAAAUCCUAAUACAAAAUCGUUAAAUAUUACAGAAACUGAAAAAAUACCAGUUAAUGUUUUUUCUGAAGAUGAAUCCAUAAAUGAUGUAAAUGAUCUUGAAUACGAGUAUACUUUUGCUUCACCAUUAAAGCUUCCUUCAGUGAACUCUAAUUCUAUUAUAGAAAAUGAUAAUGAUUUAACUUUUGAUAAUGCCGAAAAGAAUUCUAUUUCUACUGAAAUAAUAAAUCGGGGUGAUACAAAUUCAAAACUUCACACGUCUCGUUACAUUACAGAAGACUGUACAACAUCUAUUAGUGAAAUUCUGACAAAGUCUAAUGAUAUUGAGAGCCAUGUAGUAGAUCAUGAAUUAAAUAGUAUAUCACCACAUGAUGAUAAUAUAGAUGAAACUCAAAAAAACAACUCUAAAAAUUUAAAAAAUACUAUGGUUGAAGAAAUUUGUACUAAUAACAAAAAAACGCCUAAGAAUAUUACUGUAUCGUCCAAAAUAAAUAACUCAAUUGAAAAAGAUUAUAAUCAUGAACAGAAAGAUGAUUCUGAAUUUGUUAACGAUAAUACAUGUAUAAAUGAAGUCUCAACAUCAAAAAAUGAUGCUGAAUUUGCUAACAAAAUUAAAGCUAUUCAAGGUGAACUUGAUCCACAAAAAAAUGAUAGUGUAAAACUUGUCGAUAAACCUUCAGAUCUGAAUUUUGAUCAAAUAGAUAAACAAAAUAAUGUUUCAAAAAUUGUUGAACAAACCCCAUCAAUCGUAGUUCAAAGUAUGUCUGAAAUGUUCAAUGGGAGUAUUGAUGAACAUGAAACAACACAUUCACAACAUAAAGAAAGUCUUGUAGAAACUUAUAUAUUAGUAGGAAAAGAUAAUCUACAAAAUUCAUUAGAAAUUAAUGAAAUAAAUCUCGAUAAAUGUAAUAAGACAUUGAGUGAUAAAAGUGUUUCAUCAGCUGAACCUGUAAACAAAAGUCUUAUGGAUGCUAUUGAAGUACAGCUUGACAAAAUACACAGUAAUAAUGACACAGACACUAAUUGUAAUGAAAAUAAAACUAUUUCUGUAAAUUCAACAUUGGCCUUAAGUAAACAAAAAACAUCGACAUCAAAUUUGGUUCUUGAAGAAACAGAUACUGAAAAGCAUACUUUAAAAAUAAAUAGUCAUCUGUCAAAUAAUUCAUUAAACACACUAACAGUUGAUGAAUCCACAGAAAUUAUAUGUAAUUCAGGAUCCAUAUCAAAAUCUUUAGAAAAAGAUAAUGCUAGUAACAAUUGUUUGACAAAUAUUGACAAUUCUAAUAUUUCUGAAUUGUUCACCAAUACUGAAAUAGAUGAACCUAAUUCUUUGCAGAAUAUAAAUGUAAAUAAUAAAGAAUCAAAUUGCUUAUCAAAAACUAUACCCUCAGACAAUCUUUCUGAAAAUAAUAUUUCUCUAAAACCAACUAAAAAAAUUACAAUCGAUUUGGAUCAAUUAAAAUCUGCUCUUGGUGCAAAUAAUUCUAAAGAAUUAAGAAAAUCUAAUAACCCUGAACAUAGUACAAUUAAUUCAACUAAAAUGAAUAUUGCAGAACUUAUGGCUUUAUCUUCAUCUAGUGAUGAUGAUGAUGAUGAUGAUGAUGAAAACGAUCAAAACAAAAGUUCAGAUCAUUUACUAGAUACAUCUAUUGGUAGACCUAGGUAUGAAUCUACCCCUUGGAAUUGGUCCAAAAAUUCAAAAACCCCUUUUAAUUCUACUACAAGUACACAACCUAAUGAAAUCACAAAAGAUAAUUCUGCUGAAAAUGAAGAUAGACUAAGAGAUAGAAGUUCUACUCCAGUUCAGCCAUUUGAUUCUGAACAACAAUCAUGGUCACAAUUGAUGAAAGACUUUAAUGAAUCGGUUAAAAAAGCUUCUGUUACUUGUUAUACAAAUAUUAAUAAAACAGGUAAACAUAAAAAAAAAUUAUUUGUUAAAAAAUCGAAAGACUCAAAUAUUAAGAAUAAUAAAUCGGAAAUUAAAAAUAAUAAUUCUACACAGGGUUCAACUUCAUUAAUAUCUAAUUAUACUUCAAAUGAGUCUGUUCAGGCUAUAAGACCUAUAAAAAAUGAAUCUACUCGAGUUAGAAAAUCUAUGUUGAGUGAUAAAAGAAGAUCUACUAGGUCUUCUAAAAUCCAAAGUAGUUACAUUGACAAUUAUGACUCAGCAGAAACUAGCAAUACUGAUGAAAUAUUACUGAGAAAAAAUAAUUCCAUUGAUAAUAAAACUGGUGGAGCUGUUCGAGCAAAUACUAACCGUUCAACAAAAAGUAAAUCUUUAAUUUCUAUUUCAAAAACUGAUUCUAAAAGUAAUAAUUACUCUACUUCAUUGAGCUCAUCAGAAGAUGCAUGUAGUCCAACUAAAAAAAUAACAAAUAAUCAGAAAAACAAUCCUAAGUCAUUACCUUCAAUGAAUGUAAAUAAAAUUAAGUCUAAUAAUUUAAUGAUAGAAAAUGUUAAAGUACAAAUAAUGGCUACCAAAGAUUCACCAUCAAGUAGUGAAGAUGAUACGUCUUGUUAUCUGGAUGAAAUACAAACAUUUGAAAGGGAAUUGCGUAGGAGGAAACUUAAUAAUUAUUCUUCUUCUAUUAAAACUAAAAAAAAUACAUUGAAUUCUGAUAAAGUUAAAACAAUAGGAAAAUCUAGAAGAAAUACUUCAUCAACUAAGACAUGUAAUACUGAUUCUAAUAAUGCAUUAUCUGAAUCAAGUAAAUUGAAGUUGGAUAAAAAAAAUAAAACAACAUGUGCUGUAAAAUCAAAAUCUAUCAAAAUUUCAAAAACUGUUAAGACAAAGAAAUCUACAAAUUUAAGAGCAAAUAAAAAUACUCGGUCAAAACGUCUCUUACCCUCUAAACCAAUUAAAACAAGUUCAAAAAAUUCUUCUGAGUAUGAAUCAUCAAAUGAAACUGAAGAAGAGAGUACCCAAAAAUUACAAUCACUUGAUCUACCUAAAUCAGUUAAAGGAAAAACCCAGAAGAAAGAUAUUUAUAUUGAUAAUAAUUUACUCUCAUUACCAACUAGACGUAGUCAAAGAGGAAAAAUCAAAAUAUCCGAUGUUUCAAUGCAAUCAAGAACACAAAGUCGCAAGCGUGCUGCCAAUAUAUCACCUUUAACUCAAAACAAUAAAGACAAAAAAAAGAAUAUUUUAUCCAAAGCAGUAGCGAGCCCAGUUUCUCAGACUUCAUAUUCUCCAAAGAAAUCAAGUUAUACUCUACCUAAACAAAAUUCAGCAGUUAAUCAAGUACCUGAUAAAUCUUUACCUGAAACUACAAACAAAUCUACGAGCUUAAGAAUUUUAAGAACUAAUAAAAAUGCUCAGCUUAACCAUCUUUUACCUUCAAAAUCAAUUAAAACAAGUGUAAAAGAUUCUUUAAAGUAUGUAACCGAAGAAAGUACUCAAAAACCUCAAUCAAUUAGUUGUCCAUCUAAGUCUACCAAAGAAAAAACUAAAAAAAAAGAUAUUAUUGUUGAUAACAAUUUAUCUUCAGUGUCAACUAAACGUAAUCUAAGAGAAAAAAAUAAAACUUCAGAUGUUUCAUUGCAGCCGCCAAAAAUACAAAGCCGUAAACGUGCAGCUGAUUCAUCGCCUUUAUCUCAGCCCAAAGCUAAAGGCAAAAAAUGUGAUAUUUUAUCCAAAGUUGCAAACUCAGUUUCUCGUGCUUCAAACUCCCCAAAUAUACGUACCCGAAAUAUGUCCAAAAUAUCUGUUAAACAAACUUCUGAUAAUUCUCUUUCUGAAACUACAUCAGUUAGUAAAAGAGAAAAGAAAAAAUCAAAUGAAAAAUUAAAACCAAAAUCCAAUGAAAAUACCCGAGCGAAAAAACGUCAACUGAAUUCUGAUGACUCUGCUUCAUCAACUUGUAAAAAAGUAAGACAAGUAACUUUCAAAGGAGCAGAAAUUGAAAAGAAAAAAUCUGAUUUAUCUACUGAGCCCAUUGAAUCUCUCAAAGUAAAAUACAACAAAAAUGCUGAAAAGUCAAUUUCACCUGUACAAAGAAAAACAAGAAAAGCAAAACAAGCUGCUCCAAAAGAUAAAGAGACAAUUAUUUCUCCUAGAGUACUAAGAGUCAGGGACAAGAAAAAGUAAAAAAUAAAAUAUCCUUAAAUAAUUUUUAUUUAUUUGUAUUUGUAUUCUUUUUUUUUUUUU